UCGUCUAUCGCAAGAAAAAACAUCCAAACGUUUUUUUUCACGUAAGUUUGCUCGCGCCACGUUUGCCGGAGGACAGCGGCGUCCUGCCGCAGCGACAGAAGCUCCGAUUCACGGGAACUCUGACCACGCAGAAAACACUUCGCACCGGGGAAACUGUCAGGAGACACAGUGAAACAUCAUGACGACGCUGCUGGACCUGAAGAGUAGUGUGCUGCGGCAGGUACAGAGGAGCCAGUCGUUGAGGAGCCGGAGGGAGCCACCGCCCACCGCCAGCAGCCCCCUCGCACACUGUCCUGACCCCUUACCUCGCAGGAUUUCCGAGGAGAGCGCGGAGUUCUUUGAGCGUAUGAAUGCCAUCCUCCAGAAACAGGAGAACAUGCUGCGGGCUGCCCAGGCUGAGUGCCAAAGAGGGGCCUGCACAGUGCCGCCGCCCCAAGAGCAUGUGGACCAGGCCUUUAUCGGCGACAGAAUUAGCAGGACGGAGCUGGACCUGCUUUAUGAGGAAGCUGUGUACACGGUGGUCAACAGGGUCGGAGUGCCUUCACCAGAACAAGUGAAAAGUGACGAAGAGCUGUUUGCCUACCUGCUGAAGGUGUUUGAUAUGGGCGAAGAGGAACAUGACAUCAUUCUCCAAAAAGUCCAAGAAUCCAAGCGAGCCAAUUUUUCCUUGAGAGUUUCUGUUAUGAAAGCAAAGAAUCUGAUGGCCAAGGAUGCAAAUGGGUACAGCGACCCCUACUGCAUGCUGGGAAUCCUGGUGGGCCAGAGCCCCCGGGAAAUGGAGGAGAAGAAAGAGAGAAAAUUCAGCUUCAGGAAGAGGAGGGAGAAGCUGGAGAAACGCUCCAGCACCAAGGAGGUGUUACCUGCCAGGUGUAUCCAGGUGACCGAGGUCAAACCGGAGACUCUCAACCCAGUGUGGGACGAGCACUUUGUGUUUGAAAUAGAUGAUGUCCACAAUGACCUUUUACAUCUGGACAUAUGGGAUCAUGACGAUGAUGUGUCUGUUGCUGAAGCCUGCAAAAAGCUCAAUGAAGUCAGUGGACUUCGAGGAAUGGGCAGGUAUUUCAAGCAGAUAGCGAAGUCAGUGCGUGCCAACGGAUCUGCAUCCUCAGGCUCCGAGGAGAACGCCGAUGACUUCCUCGGAUGCAUCAACAUCCCUCUGAAUGAGAUUCCUGUUGUCGGCUAUGACACCUGGUUUAAGCUGGAGCCUCGAUCAAGCGCCUCUAAAGUUCAGGGAGAAUGUCACCUGAUGCUGAAGCUCUUCACCAGCCAGAGAGACACAGCUUUGUCCAAGAAGGAAACAAAUGUCUCCAUUCACAAGAAACUGCUGAGUCAGAUUCUGGAGUACGAGCACGCUCAUAUUAAGAGAGAGCCUUACAACUGGAAUGGGCAGGUUUGUCCCCCGGCGUGGACUGUGCUAACUCACCACGCUGUGCAAACCGAUCUCUCGCCUCUCCAACAGGCCAUCAUUCGCUGGCAGUGCUACAGCAGCCACCAUCGGACCCAGAGGGUGUGCUACUCCCUGCUGCUGCGCCUCCUGAGGACCAUCGAUGCAGAGUGGGAGCCUCCCGCCGUGAGGGGAGACCUGGAGAGGCAGCUGUCAGACAGCUUCAGGCUGUACACAGAGCACUGCCUGUGCCUGAUGAAGAACAUGCGUCAGGUUUUCCCCUGCACCAGCGCCGCUGCCAUUACACGCUACGAGCUCAUGCUGAGGGGGAUUGGCUACAUGCAAAACAUGCGGGCGUUUAAGACUGUAUGUCCUCUUCGAAACGAACUGCAUUUGGACAUCACUACUGCUGUGAAGAAAGGAACAGCAGAGUGGUAUGAGUGCUUAAUUGCACGAUAUAAGCCAGAGGACGGGACUCUGGAAGAGCAGCUGAAGAAGCUGGUUCAGGUGGUGGAUGCUGUGUGUGCAGACAUACAGAGAGCCCAGAACAUCUACAACAAACUCUUCUACAGUGCUGUUAAAGUAGAUUUCUUCAGCAUAUCAUACAGGCAGUUGGAGAAACAGGUAGCUGAUGAUGUAAAUGUAGCCAUGGAGCGGGUGUGUGGGACUCUGGAGCAGGAGAGCUCCAGACUGACUCAAACAAUGGGAGAGACCAUCUUUGAGCUCUUCAUGUCCUUGAAAUUCCUCAAAGGCUUUCGGGAGUUUCUUCCACUCAAGGAUGCUAAAAUGUUGGCCUUGAUGGGCUUUCAUAACUGGUUCAAGUCUUCAAUUCAUAAGUGGCUGCAGAUUGUUCAUGAAAGAUCCUGUGACAGGAUCCGUAAAGCAGUGGAAACAGACAAGCUCGAGCCCGUGCAGCAGGCCAGACACAGCUCCUCUGCAGUGGAAGUGACAACGUGCUUCAGCCAGGUGCGCGAGAUCUGGCUCCAGCUGGCUUGGCCAGACUCUGCCGGGGCCUUCAUCUUUGUCACCCGUCUGACAGACAAUUUCUGCAGUGAAGCUGUGUGCUACUCAGAGAUGAUAACACGCAAGAUUGAGAGGAACCAGCUGGGCCGAGACCACAAGAGCUUCACAGUGCAGCUCUGCAUCGCCCUGAACAACACAGAGCACGUGCGCGUUUUCCUGGGUCACCUACCCCGUGACCUGGACUGGCAAGGUGUGGAGCGGGCCAUGGAGGAGUCCUGUGGGGCGGAGGGGAAGGAGCAGGUUUACAAGGCUCUCAAUGGGCAGCUGUUCAACAUGGACCUGGACCUGCAGAGAGAAGCCAAACGGCUCAUCACACUGCUCACUGACAAGAUGCUGCCUGAGCUGCGGAGGUACAUCCAGCACAUCAGCCUUUCUCCAGACUCCAUCAACAACGACGACGCUGUGUCCCCUCUCAUGAAGUACUUACAAGACACUAUGGUCAUCCUCACUGCAAACCUCGUAAAGGAGAACCUGACCAGAGUUCUCCAAAGCAUGUGGGAGCUGCUCCUGCGGAUGAUCCUGGACACGAUCACAGAAAACAGAGGAGUUCAGGUGGAGUUUUACAACCGCUUCCGGUACACAGUGGAGACUGUGUUGCAGUUCUUCCAUGCUAAGGGAGAGGGUCUUUGCCUUGAAGACAUGAAGAGUGGAGACUACAAGGUCCUGGAUGAGGAGCUCAGGCUGAAUAAAUGUUCCUCCUUUGAGCUGAUUGAACAGUACUAUCUGGAGAAGAUUUCCCACCAGAAAACACUCAAACAUACCCGUUACGGUCGGAUCAGUGUGAAGUGCUACUACGAUGCUCCAGAGCAGAGACUGACAGUGGAGAUCCUGCAUGCUGCAGAUAUCAUUGCACUGGAUGCCAAUGGUCUGAGUGACCCAUUUGUCAUAGUAGAGCUCUGUCCUCACCACCUCUUCCCUAUGGCCAAGAGUCAACGUACGCAAGUGAAGCUUAAGACACUGCACCCAGUAUUUGACGAACUCUUUUACUUCCACGUCAGUCCCGAACAGUACAGACACAGGUUUGCAUGUUUGACCUUCACUGUGAUGGACUACGACUGGCUUUCCACCAACGACUUCGCCGGUGAAGCCGUGGCCCCUCUCAGCGACUUCUGCUGGCCAGGGAGACCGAACGCCUCAGCAGCCGGCAAGAGUGUCCAACCGGUCAUUCUGCACCUGUCUCGCAGUAAACCCAGUGAGAAGCCAAUCAUGAGGAUGCUGGACGCUCGCAUCGGAGACAGGGAGGCUCAGGAGUUUGUCCGCAGGCUGAAGGAGAUUGAGAAGUCAAUGGAGGAGGAGUAA